GGGGAGCCCUGCGUCCUGUCAGAGCCCACCUAGAGUCAGGAUCCUGCGGGGCCUGCUGCUGGGAGGGCUCAGAACAGGACUGGGACAGUUGUCCUCACGUGCCUGACCCUGCACUUGGAGGAGGGGGCGAGCAGCUUCUGGGAGGUGGGAUCCCCAGAGCAGCUCUUCUUCACCUAUUGGGGCGGAGAUCCUGAAACAUCACUUCUACAAAUUACAGUGCCACGGAAGAUAGAGACAAACACCGAUGGUGAAGUUUCAGAAACGCAUGUCAUGUAUGCCAUCAAAAUUGACAGGAAAACAUAUACUCUCCAUCUUGAAAUACAGUCAUUUUUAGACCCUCAUUUCCUGGUGUAUGCAUACAACAAAUCAGGAGUAUUGUAUCCAGAUUCUUCAUUUACAAAGGGCCAUUGCUUUUAUCAAGGAUACACCGCAGAGAUUCCAAAAUCAGUUGUGACAGUUAGCACUUGUUCUGGACUCAGGGGAUUAUUGCAGUUGGAGAAUGUCAGUUAUGGCAUUGAACCAUUGGAAUCUGCAGUUGCAUAUGAGCAUAUGCUUUAUCAAAUAAAUAAUGAUAAAGUUGAUUUUUCUCCCUUACAAGAAAAUUAUUCUAUCACCCAAUUGGUAGAUCAAUCCUACAGGAUUCUUGUGAAAUCAGAAAAAGAUUCGGAUGCAUUAUUGAACAGAUUUCUGAAAAUACAAAUCAUUAUGGAUAAAGCCUUGUUUGAUUAUAUGGGCUCUGAAGUGUCAGGUACAGUUGAGAAAGUUGUCCAUAUCUUUGGUCUUAUCAAUGCUAUGUUUUCCCAGCUUAAAGUCACUGUUAAGCUAACUUCUUUGGAGCUCUGGUCAGAUCAAAAUAAGAUUUCAACUAAUGGGGAUGCUGAUGAAGUACUACAAAGAUUUGUGUCAUGGAAAGAAAAAAGUUUAUUUCAAAGGUCUCGUGAUAUGGCAUACUUAUUAAUUUAUAGAGACCAUCCUAAUUAUGUAGGAGCAACAUAUCAUGGAAUGGCAUGCAAUCCAAAGUUUGCUGCAGGAAUUGCUCUGUAUCCAAAGAUGAUAACUUUAGAGGCAUUUUCAGUUGUUAUGACACAGUUGCUUGGAGUUAAUCUGGGAUUAACAUAUAAUAAAGACAUCCUCACUUGUUACUGUCCAGGAACUACAUGCAUAAUGAACCCUAAGGCAAUGCGUUCCCAUGGUGUGAAGUUUUUUAGCAGUUGCAGCAUGAAUGAAUUUAACCGAAUGGUUUCACAGCCUGAAUUUGAAUGUCUUCAGAGUCAAAUAGUUUCAGAAUUGUCUUACCAAAAUAAAAAUACACUCUGUGGCAAUGGUAUUUUGGAACCGCCUGAGGAAUGUGACUGUGGUCGUUCACAGCCAUGCAAAUUUGAAAAAUGCUGUGAUACUGAACACUGUACUCUGAUUGAACCUGCAGAGUGUGGCACUGGACCGUGCUGUGAUAAAAAUACUUGUCUGCUCUCUGUAAAGGGAACUAUAUGUCGACAAAGCCAAGAUCUGUGUGAUUUUCCAGAAUUUUGCAAUGGAACAUCUGAGUUUUGUGUACCUGAUGUGAUAUCUGCUGAUUUACAACCAUGCAAUAAUAACACUGCCUAUUGCUUUCAAGGAAUAUGCCAAGAUACAGAUAGACAGUGUGCAGAGUUAUUUGGAAAAUUUGCAAAGGGUUCUACUUCUCUAUGUACACAAGAAGUGAAUCUUCAGGAAGAUGAUUUUGGAAACUGUGGACGAAAGUAUUGUAAUUUUAAGGAUAUCCUUUGUGGAAAGAUAGUUUGUCAUUGGACACGUUUAGAAGUAAUACCAUUUAAAAAAUUUGAUGUUCAAUAUACUUACAUGGAAGGCCAUGUGUGUAUCUCCGCAUAUUUAAGAAUACCAACAGCACAUGUAACAGAUGAUAUUACGUAUACAGCGAAUGGCACUAUGUGUGGUCCAAAUAUGUUUUGUGACGGGGGACGGUGCACUCCUAAGGAUUCAUACUCAAAGAGAAUAAAUUGUGACUCAGUUACAAAUUGCAGUGGACAUGGGGUUUGCAAUAAUUUGCUUCAUUGUCACUGUGAUGUUGGAUAUACUCCUCCAUAUUGUAAACCAUCACCAUUAUCACCAGGAGGAAGUAUUGAUAAUGGGUUUUGGAGUAAAGGAAGUGGAGAUGAAUACCUGUUUAUAAAACAACAUGUGGCUUCUCGAAAACAUGGCCUCUUGUUUGGUUUCUACAUUUUUCUACCUUUCCUUAUUUUAAUUGCCAUCCUUGCUUUUAAAUGGAAUAAAAUACAACUUUGGAACCGAGAGGGAAUAGAAAAUAAAGGAUAUAUAUCAGAAGACAGCAGUAGUAACAGCAACCGGUCAUAGAAUUAAAGUGACAAAACAAUGUCAAAAAGCCAUAGGUUGGAGAAAGGAUAUUACCAAGACACUCACCAUUAACUGACUUGAUUCAAGAAAGAAAGAAAAAAAAAA